GCCCUCUGCUUCCAAAUUCGAUCAAUUUGAGACCCUAAUUUUCAGAAUCUGAUCCCUUCAACGUUCCAAAGGCAGCUGUUGGGGAUUUUGAUGAUUCUGAAAACCCUAAUUUAGGUUGUGGGAGAUGAACAUGGACGCUAAGGGCAUUUUGGGAUUGCCCAAAACUCCGUUUUCUGUAACCCAAGAGAAGAAAUCUCGACCCCAGAAGGAUUUCCCAGAGAAAACCCCAUGGAAUUUCUCGCAAGGUUUAAAUGCUCUUGUUCUUCUUGUUUCAGCUUAAACUGAGCUGGUUUAGGCUUCAAAUUGCAGGUUUAAGCACUUACAGGGGGUUUGGCUCUGCUCAUUCCUUCCAUUGACGUCUCUCAGUUGAAGAAGGUGUAGCGUUGAGUGGGAUACUCUCUGGAGUUACUUUGAAUUCAACUAGGAGAAAGGCAAUUGAGAAGGCAUUGCUUAAUGCUGGAUAAUUGAAUCUUUUCAGAACUGUUGAUUCUAGCAACUCAAGGGUAUCUGCUAUUUUCUUUAACUCUUUGCUCAAAGUGUAUCAAGUCUAUGGGUCGAUUUGACUUUCGCUAUUUAUUACGUAUUGCAUACAGUAAUCUCAGACUUUAGAAUCCUUCUAUCCAAAAUGUGAUGUUAAUGAAUUUGAAAAUCCUCCUUUAGAUCACUUGGCAGUGGUUUCCCUCUCACAAACUCAGUGUGAAAAGAUAAUUUGCAACUUUACCACUUGGUAACUCUCUGUUUUUCAAAAGUUUGUCUCAUAACCAAGAAUCUUUUGAUAAUAUGUUGGAAUUUCAAUCCCUUGAGCUUGGCAGGUCAGAGUGGUAAAUGGCAUUCUGUCCACCAACAGGUGACUAUUCCGCCAAAGGUUGGAGAGAGACAUUGGAUGAUAUUGACAUAGCUUGUAUUUAUGCCCUCUUACAGGUUAAGUUAAAACCACAGCUGCCAACGAAGGUUGUUUGUGCAGUGCAUCUUGAAGAAAUUCUUAACUAAAUCUUCAGAAACUGGUAAGACAGCUGAAAAACUUU